GUUUGCGCAGUACUGGUGGCAUAAGAGUUUGCUUCUCCUCGCUGAUGCUUUCUAGUUCUGUACAUUCAGUAUGAUGCUGUUCCAAUCCAGUCUAGUGUGGUGUUAUGCUCCUGCUCAUCCCCAUCGAUGGUGAGGAACCAAGCAGAUUCCAGUGCUCCAUCUGUCAUUUCCACCUGUGGCAGCAGACAGGGAUCUAAUAUGGAGGGCACUGCAGCUGAAUCACGAGCUAGUUCAAACGCCUUGCAGCAGCAUACAGGACAGCAGCCUCCACAGCCUCGAAAGAAACGACCUGAUGACUUCAAAUUUGGGAAAAUUCUGGGCGAAGGAUCUUUUUCAACGGUUGUCUUGGCUCGAGAAUUGGCAAGUUCUAGAGAAUAUGCCAUUAAAAUUCUAGAAAAGCGUCAUAUCAUAAAAGAAAACAAGGUGCCAUAUGUGACACGAGAGAGAGAUGUCAUGUCCCGCCUAGAUCACCCUUUUUUUGUGAAACUCUACUUCACCUUUCAGGAUGAUGAGAAGCUAUAUUUUGGGCUUAGCUAUGCCAAAAACGGAGAGCUGCUAAAGUAUAUACGCAAAAUUGGCUCAUUUGAUGAGACCUGUACCAGGUUUUACACUGCUGAAAUUGUAUCAGCCCUGGAGUAUUUGCAUGGGAAAGGAAUAAUUCACAGGGACCUUAAGCCAGAGAACAUCUUGCUAAAUGAAGACAUGCACAUUCAAAUAACAGACUUUGGAACAGCAAAAGUAUUAUCUGCAGACAGCAGACAAGCGCGGGCAAACUCAUUCGUAGGGACGGCGCAGUAUGUUUCUCCAGAACUGCUGACAGAGAAAUCUGCCUGUAAAAGCUCUGACCUCUGGGCCCUGGGAUGUAUAAUAUAUCAGCUUGUAGCUGGAUUGCCUCCGUUUAGAGCUGGAAAUGAAUAUCUUAUAUUCCAGAAGAUAAUAAAGUUGGAAUAUGACUUUCCAGAAAAAUUUUUUCCCAAGGCAAAAGACCUUGUUGAAAAGCUAUUGGUUCUAGAUGCCACCAACAGAUUAGGUUGUGAAGAAAUGGGAGGAUAUGGACCCCUUAAGGCUCACCCCUUCUUUGAAUCCAUUGUGUGGGAGAACCUGCAUCUUCAGACACCCCCAAAACUUACCGCGUAUUUACCAGCUAUGUCAGAAGAUGAUGAAGACUGUUAUGGAAAUUAUGACAAUCUCCUGAGUCAGUUUGGUUGUAUGCAAGUUUCUGGUUCUGCCUCUUCCCAUUCACUGUCUGCCCCAGAGACAAGUACACCACAGACGUCAGGAGGAAAUAUUGAACAGUAUAUUCAUGAUCUCGACAACAAUUCCUUUGAGCUGGACUUACAGUUUUCUGAAGAUGAAAAGAGGUUACUUUUGGCAAAGCAAGCUGGUGGAAAUCCCUGGCAUCAGUUUGUAGAAAAUAACUUAAUCCUAAAAAUGGGUCCAGUGGACAAAAGAAAGGGGUUGUUUGCACGUCGGCGCCAGUUGCUGCUCACAGAAGGGCCCCACCUGUAUUACGUGGAUCCUGUCAAUAAAGUCCUAAAAGGAGAAAUUCCGUGGUCUUUAGAGUUGCGGCCAGAAGCCAAGAAUUUUAAGACAUUUUUUGUUCACACACCAAACAGGACAUAUUACCUGAUGGACCCGAGUGGGAAUGCUCAUAAAUGGUGCAAAAAGAUACAUGAAGUUUGGCGGCACAGAUACCACCAGAAUGCUGCUAAAUAGUAAAGCUCAUCCAAACUUUCCCAGUUUCCCUACUUGCUGCUAGAACUCCGUGUGCAGCCGAUCAGAGGAAUCUUUUCAACCCACCUAUUACCAUCUCAAGGGGAAGCAUAUGUCUGAAAUGUUCUGUUCUGUUUUGUUUUGUUUUUUAAAAAGAAAGAAAAAAAGAAAAGCAAAAACCUAAUGGAAUUCAGGGUCGCUUUGCUCGCUCUUUGUGCUUCUGUUGAGGCUUCCACACGCAUAUCAUUGCAGUGAAGAUCUUGCUUUUGUGCACUUCAGCUCAAUUUCUGCUGCAGACUAGUGGAUAGACCUUGCGUUACCGGCUUCACUUAAGACGAGUUAAAACCAAUCCACACGCACACAUGCCGAAUCAUGUACCAGCCUUGCGUCUGACGGGGCUGGAGUUUUCUGUGACUCUCAGAUUAUCAUUAAACUGUAUUUCAUCAGGGAGCUUUUAUAUGCCUCUCCUCAGCACCACCUCUUUGGUUUCUCUUACUUUCCUCACAGCCCCCCAGCUUAUUGGUAAAUGGCAUUUGCAGCCAGGUCAGUUGCACCCUUGUGUAAUUCCUAAUACAAUUCUGGUUGCAGGAUUUAUGUGGUACUUUAGUAACUAUGUGAAUGAAUCAGAUGUGUGUGUCUGGCAGACAGGCUCCAAGGAUACUGGUUGUGAGAGAGUAAAAUGCUGAACAUGGCACUGAAAGUUUUCUAAACCCAAAAUGUUGGCUUCUGAAGCGUACAAGAUUUUAAAUGUUCAACUUAAAUUUUAAUAUGAAUCAUAUGUGUGUUUAAUCAAGGGACAAUAAACUUACCAGCAUGCUUUUAACUAAUGCUAACUAAAAAAAUUAACUAGUUAGUAUGGGGGGAUAAAAGGUUACUAUUGAAGUAGUAAAUAGUUGUUCACCUUUCAGGAGACGAGGGCUAGGAGCUUUCUUUCCAGGGUGUGCAUGUACUGUGCAUUGUAGUGGGGCCAACCUAUUUACCUGGGUAGAGAAGGAAGUGUGAAAGCUUUGUACAAUUGAUGACUUUUUUUUGUCUCAUUGUAUAAUGAGAUCUACAAAUAAUCCUAUUUUUGGUCUUGGCCAAAUGUUUAGCAACUGAAAAAAAACUUAAGCCAUUGAAAAUGAGGUCUGUAACAUAAUCUGGUUAAAAACUCAAAGGAAAACAUUGAUACAAAGGGGAAAACAGAUGGUACUUAAGGCAUAUCUGUAAAAUGGAAAUGUUUGUCAUAUCAGUCUCCUGUAUCCUCUUCAAAUUAAGGCUUUUUUGUGGUCAAACAUUUCUUGUAAUGUUGCAAAGACAUAACCUUCUAUGUGCUAAAAACAACUUCCUGAAUGGUAUUUUCAGUACGCCCGUGUUCCUGAGCCGUGCAGAGAGGGAUGACCUAGGCCUGGACAAAGGCAUUCCUUCCUUGGCUUAAAAGCAGUAUAAACAUCACACCUAUUUAUCCACCUUCUACACAUACCAUCUCUGUGAUUUGAGCUCUCCUACUACGAUGUGCUUUUCCUUCCACCAAAGAAAGAAACGUUCCACUGCAAUGUUGGAAAAACUCGUGGGCUGCUGUUCCAGAAGGAGUGUUUUAAAAGCAGUGGCCCAUCAAGAUUUCUCAGAAAACACGUGAGUGUUGGGUAUUUUGUUGGUACACGGCGUGAAGGAGAUUUAUUACUGAUCUCUUAAAAGCUGUGUUACGUGGUCGGACUUGAUGACAGUUCAGCUUCUCCAGUACCAUUCAGUCUUUGAAGAAGAAAGUGCAGUUGCCUUUCCUUUUGGAGGAGCUCCAUCCCUGUAGCCCUCUGUUUACCCCACUGUGUACACAGGCCUGACAGAAGUAAAUCACUGGCAUACAGCACCUGGUGUUAAGGGAGCCAAGGUGUCCUGUAUGUGGCUGAGGUGGGAAGGACAGAACACCAUUCUUUUCUGCAUCGUGAGAAGUUUCAUCCCAUGCAAGGUACACUCCUUGUCGCUAAAAUUCAAAUAGCAUGGUGCACCUUCCGUCUGUGCCUGUGCGAACCCUGUGCUUCGCAUUCUAACAAGAGGAUGUGUACUGUCAGUUCAUUGCAGCGCUGUCUGCCUGUUCCUUGGCUGUCCGACCCCAGCUCCGUGUUGGGCCCACUGGAAGCAACCCUACUGCUUUUGGAUUGAGCCUUUGGUGUGGAGAUGCAGGUGUGUUCCCAACUUUAUACAGGAGAGUUGCAUUCGUGGUGCCACUGCUGUCUCGUGUGACAGAACCUGGCCUCAUAAAGAGUCUGGCAAAGUUGUUCUGCUGAUAGCGAACAGGUUAGCUUUGUUAGGAGAGGGGGUGGCCUCCGCUGGCUGUUCACUAGGUGGAGAUCCAGGAAUGCUCAAAUGUUCUCUAUAAGGUUUAGACUUGCAGUCAUUUUGCUAUAACAAAGCAAUUGCUCUGCUUUUCCACACCUUGAAAAUCCUCUCAGACUUCGUCCUGCCUGCCAAAAGCUUUCAGCCGAAGAACCCUUGAUAGCAGGAAGCUAUCCACAGGUGUCUGGAAGGCUGGUGGCUGCGUUCUAGUAUUCCUUUUUUCUUUUGACAGUGCUACCAUUAGAUAAAUGGUGAGCAUCUCUUAACAGGCAUCCCUCCCGCAGCGCUUCAGUGUUCUGCAUCAAGUCUUCCUCAGCUGCUGCUUUUCUGGGAAGGGACUGUGACUUUUCCAGGAGAGGUGGUUGUCUGUCUUGUACUGCAAGUGAAAUCUGUGGCUUUGAAAGAUGGCAGAAGAACAGAGUGAGGCAAGGCAAAGCAACCAUGUGGAUUUAAGUGUGUUCCACCAGCUUGUCCACAUAACCAGGUCCCGGCAGGUGCUGCGUGCUGUGAAGGGCUGGUUCGUGUUUUGGAUGCUUAUACCUGAAGUGGGGGAGCUCUGGCUCUUUGCCCUGAGCACAGCUCCUGUGGUUCACAGGGGUUCAUGGAAUGAGCUGGACAAGGGAUGUUCCUUAGAGCUGCAGAUCAGCCGGGUGAUUUCUCUGCUCCUUGUGUGAGGUCUUUCCAAGAACAAAAAAGGGUUGUUAGGCAUAUGAAGACUCUUCUGCAGACUCCACACUGCAAACCUACUGAAAACCCAGUCUGUUGGUGGAGUCCUCCUAUCUUCUGCCUUUUGAACAAUUGCCAAUCAUCUGUAAUGAAUCCGGUCGGUAAUGCUGUAAUUUUGUUUUGCGUGGGAUUUGAGCUUCAGGAAGGUGUUCACUGUGCCUGUCUUCUGUGGAGCAGAGCUUAAGAAAGGCUGAGCUGCUAGAAAGGAUCUGUGAAUGGCACUGUUCUGGUCCAUGUCCUGCCCGGUCACAGGGUGUUUGAAGCUGCCCUGGUCAACCGCAGAGAUGGGUUUGUUACUGUUGGCCUUAGCAUCCAGUUUUGAGAAGGAUUUCUGUGGAGGAAGACUUGCUCCUGGUGUGGUGUUGGCGUAUUGUGAGCAGACUGAUGUUACCUGUUCAGGUCACGUUUGCUAAGCGCUUGGCUCCUGAAGACGUGGAACUGCCAGACAGCGCCGAGCUCCACUUGCUUCUCUCCCCCAACGCGCGUCAGUUGUGAAGUACCUGCUACACAGAAGCCUGGAAAAGAACUCUGUGGGUUGAAACAAAAACGUGAUAAUUGUAAUCCAUUUCCAUAGUUCAAGAUGAUUAAUUUAAUGUGCUUGGUAUCGUUACACUGUGGUGGGAACUCUGAAGAAUCCUCCGGGGCCUGUGGACAGAACACUUGAUCCCAGUGCCUUGCUGAGGAACAGCUUGCGUGUUGAUGGUUGCCUGAAGGUGUGGCCUGUGGAUUCCGAUCAUUCUUUCUGCUAGUGAAUGGCACAAAUAGGUGUGGUAUUUAUACCCGAAAUUUUGCUGAAUGCCUGUAAUAUUUUAUGCAAAUACUUUACUAAUGAAAUGGAAGUGCUCCUGCAAAGCUUCAUGACGCAGAUUGUCCAUCAGUUGAUGGAGCGAGCUUACAGAUGAGUCGUGUUCUGCCCCCGAAGGGCGUGCUCUCAGCCAAGACAGGACUGGCAACCCACGGAGCUGUCCUCUUCCUUGGGGGGCGCCUGACCCUCACCCAGCAGCCGAGCCC